CCCAAGCUGCCGCCCCUCUACGCCCACCUGCUUCCGCAGAAUGCGAACCCAGACGCGACCAUCGUCCGUGCUCCGGUCAUGUAUGGCCAAGCCGGCAACGCUCGUAGCACUCCUGGUAUCUAUUCUUCUAAGCUUCCACCCAUUUGAUAGACUUUGCUCACAGAUUUUUGUUUUCCUUAAUAGCAUUCCAGCCCCGUGUCAUCAACCGACCUCAGCAGCCGCAGAACAAGAACAAGAACAAGACAGCUGCUCGUAAGGUCCCGACUGCAGGCAAUUCCUCAAGCUCCCCGGCCAUGCCCACCGCUGCAGCUCUCAUCGGACCGAAGACCACCUCUCUGGCUGAGUUCACGAAGAACAACUCCAAUAACAACUCGCACAACUACUACCAGGCCAAUCGUCCCUGGCGAGGCCGUGGCAAGAAGGGGAAGAAGAACGCAAAGCGGCAGUACGACGAAGAGGAGGAACCCAAGGAGGUCGAUUGGGAUGCCAUCUACGACCCCGCCAAGCCCACAUCGUGGAAGGCCUGGAACAUCAGCGCAGAGAAGUACGACUCUGCCUACGAGUGGAAGGAGAAGUUGAACCAGAAGCCGAAGCCGAGCCUCUCCAGCGAGUCCCCAGCGUCCACCUCCGAGGGUCCAGAUGCCAAGCGUCAGCGACUCAGCGUGUCUGCCACCCCACACUUCCCGCAGCGCUCCACGUCCUCGAGCGAAGAGCCAGCGAUGCGCAGCGGCCUAGGCGCAACCCCCUCGCAGGCCGAAGAACAGACACUUGGCGUGGUCACGCCAGAGGAACAGGCCACGCGUUCCGGACCAUCUACCACCCUUCCUGGAAAAGAGGGGUUCGCAAGGCGCAUGAUGGAGAAGAUGGGACACGUGAAGGGCAAGGGACUUGGCCUGAACCAAGACGGCAUCACCCAGCCAUUGGUCCACAAGAAGCUGGGCAAUAUAGCAGUAAUCAAGGGCGGCGGACGUGCCAAAAAGGCGGAAGAUGGCCCCAAUGGCAAGCGUAGCGAGGUGGUUGUGGUGUACGGACUGCUAGACGGCGUGGACAGCGAAGACGACGAGGCCAGGAACGACGGAGGAAUCCGUCAGGAGAUUGGGGACUAUUGCGCGAACAAGUUCGGCAUCUUGCAGAAAGUUCACCCAUUCUGGGGAGGCAAGCACGCACAGGCCCCCGUGUUCCUGAAGUUCGCCAGCGAGUUCGACGCGCUCAUGGCCGUGGAUCAUUUCAAUGAUCCAACCAAGGCGGGUGCCUUUCGGGGCAAACAAACGACCGCCAAGUUCUACAACUUGGAGAACUUCGAACACGGCGUCUACGAGUGAGGGGGGGUGGAUGGCGGUUCCUUUCGACUGUUGAUUGUAAAUUAGUUUCUUUUGUCUACACUUCUGCCCAUCAUGAGGCCAUACUGAAUCGAUUCUGAUUCCUUUUCGAUAUUGGAAAAAUGACGUGAAAUUGAGCCUGAUUUGUGAUGUGUACUGGGACAUGGUGAGGAUGUAUGUAAUUUAUAUUGUGCGGUAAUUUAGGAGGGUUGUUGUAGCGUUUUGACAUUAAGGCUGCAACAGGAAGACACCUCCUAAUGUACUAUGAUUUGAAUUCAUUCUAGCGUU